ACCGUAUCUCAGCACGCGCAUUUACGCUGUGUGCUGAGACCAAAUCCGAGCUCUCCCACAAAAUCCGUUUCCACUCGGGGUGGCGUAGAGCGGGCCCCACUUGGCUUUGCUCCGUAAAUCAAAUACUCCGGUCGGUUAAAGCCUCGUCUGAGACGUGAAAGCUUGCCGAGAGCGGCGGUGAAAAGUCACUGAUAGAGCAGGCGCGGCUUGGAGAGGAAAAGAAUGGCGGAUUCGAGCAGCACCGCAGCGGUCGGGGCCGCAGCCUCCAACAGCGUUACUGCUGCCGGGGCUGGCACUGUUGCGCAUGAUGGAGCGCCUGGGGCUGCGGGACAGAAACCAGCGUCCGAGUCUGUGAAGGGUCAGAUUUUUGACGUGGGCCCCCGCUACACCAACCUGUCUUACAUCGGGGAGGGGGCUUAUGGAAUGGUGUGCUCUGCCCUGGACCACCUGACAAACCAGCGCGUAGCCAUCAAGAAAAUCAGCCCCUUUGAGCACCAGACGUACUGCCAGCGCACACUGAGAGAAAUCAAGAUCCUGCUGCGCUUCAACCAUGAGAAUAUCAUCGGCAUCAACGACAUUCUAAGGGCUCGGCACAUCGACAACAUGAGAGAUGUUUACAUCGUGCAGACGCUGAUGGAGACAGACCUGUACAAGCUGCUGAAGAGCCAGCGGCUGAGCAACGACCACGUCUGCUAUUUCCUUUACCAGAUCCUGCGAGGACUCAAGUACAUCCACUCUGCCAAUGUGUUGCACCGGGACCUCAAGCCCUCCAACCUGCUCAUCAACACCACUUGUGACCUAAAGAUUUGUGACUUUGGCUUGGCGAGGAUCGCCGACCCUGAGCAUGAUCACACAGGAUUCUUGACUGAGUAUGUCGCCACGCGUUGGUACAGGGCUCCAGAAAUCAUGCUCAACUCAAAGGGCUACUCGAAGUCUAUUGACAUCUGGUCAGUGGGCUGCAUCCUGGCUGAGAUGCUGUCCAACAAGCCCAUCUUCCCUGGGAAACAUUACCUGGACCAGCUCAACCACAUUUUAGGCGUCCUUGGAUCUCCAUCUCAAGAAGAUCUGAAUUGCAUCAUUAAUAUGAAAGCCAGAAACUACCUGCAGUCCCUUCCUGAAAAACCCAAGAUCCCCUGGGAGAAGCUUUUCUACAAGGCAGACUCCAAAGCGCUGGACCUGCUGGGCCGCAUGUUGACUUUCAACCCCAACAAGCGUAUCAGUGUUGAGGAGGCGCUGGCUCAUCCUUAUCUGGAGCAGUACUACGACCCCACAGAUGAGCCAGUGGCAGAAGAGCCCUUCACUUUCUCCAUGGAGCUAGAUGACCUUCCCAAGGAGAAGCUGAAGGAACUCAUCUUUGAAGAGACGUCUCGUUUCCAGGAAAACUACCAGGGCUCCUGAGACAUACAGUUUUAACGAGUGUCAAAGCCAACCAGAGGCUUGGAAUCAGAAGACCCCAGAUGACAUGCUUGAACACAAGAAAAUGCAUCCCUCUAGAAUCCAACAAGAUAACAAAACAGGAAAUUUGAACAUUGGCUGCUUUUCUUUCCAUUCCCACUGCAAGAAAGCUAAGUGUUUAACUUUGAUUUGUGUGGUUAGGUGGGGCCGUGGUGUCUGUUGACUCCCCACUCCUUCAAAAACAUUCUUCUGUUUCCUGUUCAGUGUCCUGCCUCGUCCUGCCCGUCCCUCAUGACCACCUUUCAUAAUCCAGUCUGGUUUGUUGGAGCUCUCCUGCCUCUUUCUCAUAUAAACUACUAUUACUUAUUAACCAACACCAUUACUCUAUUGUCUUGCUACAUGUACAUUACAACCUGCAGUCGAGAACUAAAAGAAUAGGGGGUUGCUUAUCGGGUGGGUUUAUUGUACAGUCCAUACAAAAUCUAUAAAAAAAAAAAAAAAAACUUUUUUUCCUUUUAAGUGGUUUGUCAGCUUUGGUUUGUACGCAGUCGUUGGCUUUAAAAUCAGCUUAGUUGUAUUGAUCUGUUCUCUGAUUUAUGUUGGAAAGUCGUUUUAAGCAGUUGAUUUUCAGGCAAAUGUUUUUACUGGCAUGUUUGCAUUUCUUUUUCUUUCUAAAUGAUCUUUAUGAAUGCAUGCAUUCCUGAAAUUUACCAAAGUGGAUGAGAGACACAAGGAACUAGUUUGGGGACGCAACAAUGUAUUAUGUUUUUCCAAUUCUACUGUUUAAACAUUUCCUGAGCCGCGGCUUUAUCAAAGGGCAGACAGAUGAACGCUCCCUCUAUUUGUGUAUAGUUACACUACGCUGAGGCUAAUUCCAAUAAAUCGUUCCGUGUAGCCAUGCCCCACAAUGCUCCAGAAUAUCAUUGGGUUGUUCUCAUACUCUGCACCUACCUGGUUAAUAGUCUGUGUUAGAGGUCGUAUGACCAUUAAAAGCACAAGUACCACCACUACACAGACAUGAGGCACCAAGAAGCUGCACAUACUGUUAAUGCUUUAGCCUUCAACGCCCUCUUCCACGCAUUAUAAAACAUCAAGGAGCCACUAUGGCAUUACUAAGUUGACCCUAACGACCAUAUGACGUUUACAUGGGCAAAAUUUUCAGUGAUGGCCCAAAGGAAAGGAAAACGGCAUCGAGUAUGGCGUAAAGUAGCUGCAGUAGGCCCGACUACUGAGAACACUGCAUGCUGCUUAAACCUCAAAAUUACCCUCAGACAAGCAACUAACCAUUUGUGGUUGUGUGUUUUUUUUUUUUUUGUUUGUUUUUUUCCCUCCAAUCUUCCUUUUUUGUUGUCCUCCGUUUGCCUGUUUAUCUGGUUGCCAUAGCAACCAUGCCUCACUGCGCUGACAGUGGCAUUGUUUCCCAUGGAUGGCUGCUGGCAUGUGUGUGUGGUAUCUGUGCGUUCUUUCUUACCGUCUGUGUCACGACUUCACGUCUGCUCGGUGCAGCACCACCUGUUGGUCCAGCUCAGUAAUUGCACCGGGGAUUAAAUGUAAAGAAAGCGGACCAACACACGGUCAGGUCCAUGAUGCUUAACACUAUGUCGACGCAGCCCUGCACCGCCUGCUGGCUUCAGCCUGCUGCAGUAAAAUAAUGUUGUACAAAGUGUCGCUGUUCUCUCAGAAGCCAUAGCCAGCACUAUGACUGUCCCCCACAACAGGUGUGAGGCUUUUUUCUUUUUUGUGCACAUGCGGUGAAAUGCAUUGAUUUAUUCACCCUUCCCAACACUUGCCACGCUUUACUCAAAGGGCUGCAUCCCUCCCUACCUACCUGUGCGCACUUCUUUUCUGCCACGACUUCACUUUUGCCAUUUGCUGCCACUAUUUCAUCCUCGCCUACUCACACGAUCAAUCACACGGCCCAAUCAGCACGCCUGCACUUUGUUGUUCAUUUUGGUCCUCAGUCUUUUCCCUCCGUGUGUCCGGUCCUGCUCGCUCAGCUUUAAGUAUCUCUUGCUUUGUGUGUGUCUGUCAAGUGUUUCUAUAUUAAGCCAAGUUUUUUUUCUCCUUACUGUGUGCGCGUGUGUGUGUGUGUGUGUGUGUUCCUCACAACUCCCUCUUUAUUGUGCUUUUUCAUACAUUGUGUGUGAGAUUAUUUCUUUUCCAUCCAGUGCAAAAUGGUUCUUGCAAAAGUCACGCAUUUGAAUAACCAGCCACUAGUCCACCAACCCUGCUUGCUUUUUCUCCGACCUGAACAAACAUCUGACUGGGUUGCCAUGGUUCCAAAACCAAGAGGACUGUUUUGCACUCACACACACACACACACACCCUUUGACUGAGGAGUGUAUGCGUGUGUCUGUGUGUGUGAAAUGUUGCACUUGAACAUGCCAUACACAUUCACACAGUAUCAAUGUGUCUAGUGGCCUGUCUGUCAUACGGCCUGUUUCCAGAUAUCGUUGUUUUUAAAUGGUCAUUCUUAUUAUUACCGUUGUUAUAUUGGUGAGUUGUUGUAAUUUUUUUUUUUUUUUUACUUAAAAGGGAGUUAAAGUUGUAUUUUUUUUUAAUGAUUAGGAUGGGGUUUUUUGUCUUGCUUAUUUCUCUUAUGGACGUGAUUAUUAUUGACAGUGUUUUCAGUCUUUCUGAGACCUUUUUUUUUUUUUCCAACUUGGAUUUUCCCUCCAAGUUCUUUAUAAGGAAUUAUUUUAAAAGGAAUUAUCUGUCGAUUGUCAAAGAGAUAUGAGUUAUUGAGGGUUAUUGUCUGUAUAUUGUAUGGAUAUUAAUUAAAUGAUUAACAAAGAAACAAAGUUAUAUUACAUAAUUGAAUAAAAUUUCCUGAUACUGUUGCA